AUGACUGAUUAUUGUUUUCGUCGGGAAUAUCUUGAUGGAUGUGCUGCAAAAGUUGUUAAAAUCGAAAAGAAAUUAACAAAUGAACAACUCAACUAUUUACAUGAAUAUUAUAGAAUAAAUCAAUACCCAGGUUUGUGGGGUACUGAAGAAAUAGCUAAACAGUGGAAUAUUGAUGAUUUUGAUUUUCAUAUGGAUUUGAUGGAAUGGUUUUUUUGUCGGCGUAUGGCUGAAAUUGCACUUGAACACCGCCGAUCUGAAGCAAAAGUAGCUUCAGCUUAG